AUGCAAUUACUCCCGUUCCUGCUCUUCCUGCCCAUCUGCACAUCUCUGAACAUCUUGCUGUUCCUCUUGGGUACGAACCAGUUCGAGCGCAACACUUUUGAGUUUCUCGCUCAACAGCUUGCACUUCGGCAUCACAAUGUAAUCACUGUGAAGCCAAUACUUAUCCCCGAAGAGCCACGACUAGUCAAACCGAAACUCCACCUUGUCAGGGAGAAAACGUUGAAAAACCUCUUGCCAAAGGAUUUGUACGAAGACUUGGAAAAGGCUGGGGAUGUGAUUCCAUGGAAGACAGGCUACGAAGAAGAAGCCUACGACGAGGUUUACUGGACCGCUCAUAACGCUAGCUGUUAUAAGGUGAAAGCCUUUGCAAAUUGGGACAGAAAGACUUAA